AUGAAUCGUCGAAAAACCGAACCGAAACGAAAGAGCUAUAAGUAUGAAGGACGAGAACGAGCUUCGUCGAUGUUCACGGUGUCAUCGGAUAUUCUGCGUGUGUCUGGCUAUACGCAGCAAUUUCGCACUCUGCUAACGACUCGUUUCUCACCCAGACGUGAAUCGGUGCCGAACGUUCAUCUGAAAACGGAGGAAGACAAGAAGGGUGACUUUUGA